AUGCAGCUUUACAGGUCCAUUACCUUCGUUUUUACGCCAGCAAUUCUUACCCUGGCAGGGCUAGCUAGUUCUUCCGACGCUUUUGAUGGUCAAUCACGAAGAGGUUCACACGUUGAUCGGCCAAACAUAAAGCCACACCCUCUCCAUCCAGGCAAACAGUUCCCUCAUUCUCCUCCCCGUGACGCUUCUAAGUAUUGCUUCGUCAAGCCUAGUUGCUCCCACAUUGACGACUCUCCUAAUAUUCUCGAAGCAUUUCAGAGAUGCAAUCAUGGAGGGACAGUCGUUUUCGACGCGACCUAUAUCAUCGCCUCGCCCUUAGAUUUAACCUUUCUCGAUAGAGUUGAUGUGGCAAUUUUAGGCACGAUUGGCUUCAACAACAACAUCAGUUACUGGACAGAACACUCUUUCAAGUAUGAGUAUCAGAACUCCUCAGCAAUGUGGAGGUUCGGAGGAAAGGAUGUGAACAUCUACGGCCUUGGCGACGGCCUGAUUGAUGGAAACGGUCAGGCCUGGUAUGAUGCUUUCGCGGCAAAUCCUUCACUCCAGAGACCUAUCUUGUUUGUUCUUGAUGGUCUUCACGGCGGCUCAGUCAGCGGCCUGCAGAUGAAAAACCCACCUAUGUGGUUCAAUUUCAUAGCGAAUAGCUCUGAAAUAGUUGUGAGCGACAUCAAAUUGAAUGUAGAGAGCACAAACGGCAAUCCAGCAAAGAACACGGAUGGCUGGGAUACGUAUCGCUCUGACUCUAUUGUCCUACAAGACUCUAUCAUUAACAAUGGGGAUGACUGUGUGUCUUUCAAGCCAAAUAGUACCAAUAUUGUUGUGCAGGGCCUUCAAUGCAACGGCUCACACGGUAUCUCAGUCGGUUCAUUGGGUCAGUACAUUAACGAGUUUGACAUUGUCGAGAAUGUCUAUGUUUAUAACAUAUCCAUGAGUAAUGCCUCAGAUGGGGCACGAAUCAAGGUUUGGCCAGGGUCUUACACUCCAUUUCAACCGUCUUUAUCUGGGGGUGGCGGCUCAGGAUACGUUAUGAACGUGACGUACGAUGGUCUAUACAAUUCAAAUAAUGACUGGGCAAUUGAGCUUACUCAGUGCUACGGGUCUACAAAUCUCACCUUGUGCAAUGAGUACCCAUCAAAUAUGACCAUCUCCAACGUCAUAUUUAAAAAUAUGUGGGGAACUACGUCAAAGAAGUACGACCCCAAGGUCGGCACACUGGUGUGCAGCACGCCCUCGACGUGCAGCAAUAUACGAGCUCAAAACAUUACGGUACAGCCUCCUUCUGGGAAGCCGGCGCAAUGGAUUUGCAACAAUGUGAAUAAUACACUCCUAGAUAUAAACUGUGUUGCACAGGAGAGUUAG